AUGUUGUGGCUCUGGCAUGCGAGCGCAGAGAAAGGUGGAGGCCACCUUGGAGGCCCAGGUCCAGUAUUUUCUGCAGAUUUGCGCUUGGACUUGCACCUCAUUGCUCUAACUAUGGGUACGUUCCAGGAGUGGAUGGGCAAGAAGGGGGAGGGGCACUUUGACCACCCUCUAGGUGCCCCUUCUCCUCAAGGGUUCAAGGGCAUGCCCUGGGGCACCCAGAGGAAUGAGGAGCACCAGCCAGGCACCCCAGGGGCACCCACCCAAGACACUUCAAGUGUUCCCUGCCAUUCCAACUCUCCACUGCCUAUGACCCCAUCAGCUCCAGAAGGUCAAGCCAAGGAGAAUGCACCUGCCUCAGAGCAAGAGGACCUUAGCAGGCCAGGGCCCUCAAGAUUACUGGAUAGAGGAAACAGGCUCCUCUUUCUAGCACUCUGCUUGCACUAUCUCCCUAAAGCUGAGCCCUGCCCCGAGGAUUGUACCUGCUACAGCGAGCCCAUGACAGUCAGCUGUCAGCAGCAGGGUUUCAAAGCAGUUCCUGACGGGAUCCCACUCCGAAGCCAGCGGAUCUUUCUUCAAAACAACAAGAUCCCGUUGGUGAGCUCUACCAGUUUCAGCUCUCGCCGGAACUUGACAGUCCUUUGGCUCCAUUCCAAUAACAUCAGCAUUAUCCAGUCCGGUGCUUUCGCUGGUCUAGAACGUCUGGAGGAGUUGGAUAUUGGGGAAAAUAUUAACCUCAAGUCUCUGACUCCCACCGCCUUCAACGGCUUGGUUCGCCUUCACACCCUGCACAUCCACAGAUGCGGCCUCUCAGACCUGCCAAGGGGCAUAUUCAGGGGGCUUGGCUCCUUGCAAUACCUGUACCUGCAGGAGAACGUGUUGGAGAAAUUAGAAGAUGACCUGUUUGUGGACUUGGGCAACCUGACUUCCUUAUUCUUGCAUGGGAACAGGAUCAGCAGUUUGUCAGCGAACGUGUUCCGGGGCUUGGGCAGCCUGGAUAAACUUUUACUGCACGAGAAUCGAAUUAACCUGGUGCACAGAAGGGCAUUCCAUGACCUGGGCAAGUUAGGGUUAUUGUACCUCUUUAAUAACAACAUCACCGUGCUGACUGGACAGACCAUGGAGCCCUUAGUGUCACUCCAGUAUCUGCGGCUGAAUGGGAACCAAUGGAUCUGCGACUGUCGAGCCAAAUCUCUCUGGGAAUGGUUUCGGCGUUUCCGCGGAUCUAGUUCAGUGUUAGAGUGUCACACCCCCGCCCGCCUGUUUCUGAGCGACCUUAAAACACUCGACAGCCGGGAGCUGGAAAGCUGCUUGGAUCCCUCCAGCCAGAUCCGGACCAGUAUUUUCAGUACCAGGACCAGGUCUGGUAAACUGCCGACGGUGGAAACUCCACCCGGUCCCAGAAAGGGUCCCGUCAGGUGUUGUGAGCCGGACAGCGAUCAGUCCUCCCUCAUCUACACCAAAACCAAAUCGGCUCCCUCCUCGUACAACAGCAGAGGGUCCACCAACAACCCACUGAAGGACAAGGAGAAUAUCUCCAAGACCAGAUACACGGAAAACGAUCUGUCCAAAAACGGGACGUACAAAAGUGGGUUGAGCGAUGCCCCAAUGGGGACUUUCUCUGCCAAGAUAGACCAGCCGUUAGUCAUGCUCAGCCCAGAGUUGUUGGACAAUCUGGACUCCUCCACAUCGCCCACAACGAAAAAGAAACGAAAAUGCUACAAAAAGCCUAAAACGGACUCGUCCCCGUGCCGCCUCAAUAGCGGCUCGUCCAGAAUGCGGUGGUGGCAGCCAGGACUGGCGGCGGCCUCUCUCCUCCCGUUCUUGCUGCACCUUUGUUAAAAGUAAUCGCUUCAACACUGGCCCCAUGCAGUGAAAUACUUUCAUUGACCUCUAUAGACAAUUAAAGAGAAACUAAUAUUAUAAAGUGAAGGAAGCUUUGAUCGUUCAAAAAUAACUUGGAUGCCUUUAUAUAAAAUGUUAAAAAAAAGGAAAG